GUAUUUGCAGGUCAAGCUGGGAACUAAAGGGUAAUGGCUGCCUUCAGCUGCUUAAAGACAUAAUUGCCCAGUGAUUGGGGUAUUGUGGGGCGCAACCAAGGACCCAGGGACCAGUGUUCUGAGCACCGCUCUCUCCUGUUCUGCAAAUUAAGCUUUUCUCCUGCUUGAUGCUGCCUGUCUCCAGAAGCCUCUCACCAUGAUCGAUAGCUCCAAGAAGCAGCAACAGGGCUUCCCAGAGAUUUUAACUGCUGGGGAUUUUGAACCAUUAAAAGAAAAGGAAUGCCUUGAGGGGAGCAACCAGAAAAGUCUCAAGGAAGUGCUCCAGCUGCGGCUGCAACAGAGGAGGACGAGAGAACAACUAGUGGACCAGGGCAUCAUGCCACCUUUGAAGAGCCCAGCGGCAUUCCAUGAACAGAUAAAAAGCUUGGAACGAGCCAGAACCGAAAACUUUUUGAAACACAAGAUUCGGAGCCGACCAGAUCGUUCUGAACUUGUCAGGAUGCACAUUUUAGAAGAAACAUUUGCAGAGCCAUCCCUGCAGGCUACCCAGAUGAAGUUGAAAAGAGCUCGACUAGCAGAUGAUCUGAAUGAAAAGAUUGCUCAAAGACCUGGUCCUAUGGAGCUGGUAGAGAAAAACAUCCUUCCUGUAGACUCCAGUGUUAAGGAAGCAAUUAUAGGCGUUGGGAAGGAGGACUAUGCCCACACUCAGGGUGACUUCUCAUUUGAUGAAGACAGCAGUGACGCUUUGUCUCCAGACCAGCCCGCGAGCCAGGAGUCGCAGGGGUCAGCCACGUCCCCAAGUGAGCCAAAAGUUAGUGAAUCGCCAUCUCCUGUGACUACCAGCACUCCAGCCCAGUUUACUUCAGUGUCCCCAGCAGUUCCUGAAUUCUUGAAAACUCCUGCGACUGCGGAUCAGCCUCCCGCAAGGUCCACAGCUCCCGUCCUCCCCACAAACACCGUGUCCUCAGCGAAGCCUGGCCCAGCACUCGUAAAGCAAAGCCAUCCCAAGAAUCCAAACGACAAGCACCGUAGCAAAAAGUGCAAAGAUCCCAAACCACGGGUGAAGAAGUUGAAGUACCACCAAUACAUUCCACCAGAUCAGAAAGGGGAGAAGAACGAGCCGCAGAUGGACUCCAACUACGCCCGCCUGCUCCAGCAGCAGCAACUGUUCCUGCAGCUGCAGAUCCUGAGCCAGCAGAAGCAGCACUACAACUACCAGACCAUCCUGCCUGCGCCGUUCAAGCCACUCAGUGACAAAAACAACAACAGUGGGAAUUCAGCUUUGAACAAUACCACACCUACCACACCAAGACAGAACACACCUGCUCCUGUGAGAAAGCCGGGACCUCUGCCUUCUAGCUUGGAUGACUUAAAGGUAUCAGAACUGAAAACAGAACUGAAGUUAAGGGGUCUGCCGGUAUCGGGCACCAAACCGGACCUCAUUGAACGCCUGAAACCCUACCAGGAAGUGAACAGCAGCAGCCUUGCUGCUGGCAGCAUCGUGGCAGUGUCAUCGUCAGCCAUCGUCACCAAUAACCCAGAAGUGACCGUGGCACUGCCGGUCACAACACUACAUAACGCCGUGACUAGCUCAGUCUCCACCUUCAAGACAGAAUUGCCAUCUGUCGGAACCAGCACCGUUGCCCGGGUGGAAAAUGCUCACUCCCCUCUGCCAGUCUCGCCGGCUCCCUCCGAACAGUCCAGCCUCAGCACCGACGACACGAGCAUGGCGGACACUUUCACCGAGAUUAUGACCAUGAUGUCUCCUUCACAGUUCCUGUGUUCCUCUCCUUUGAGAGUGGCAAACAACGAGGACAGCCUGAGCCCCACCAGCAGCACCCUGUCAAACCUGGAACUGGACGCGGCUGAGAAGGACCGCAAGCUCCAGGAGAAAGAGAAGCAGAUCGAAGAGCUAAAGAGGAAACUGGAACAAGAGCAGAAGCUUGUGGAAGUUCUGAAAAUGCAGCUCGAGGUUGAAAAACGAGGGCAGCAGCAACGGCCGCUGGAACCCCAGCCCAGCGCCCCAGCGCAUUCUGUCAACAAGGCAGAUCAGAAACAUGGCAGCGUCGGUUCCUGCGUCAAAGACGAGACCUCGCUCUCGCUCCCUGACUGCUCUAGCUCCAGGCAGCCUGUCCCGGGGGCCAGCCACCCUGUAGCCCAGCCUGUCUCUACAGGUGGCCAGACCCUUGUUGCCAAAAAGGCCGUAGUUAUCAAGCAAGAGGUCCCCGUGGCCCAGGCGGAGCAGCAGAGCGUCGUCUCACAGUUUUACGUGAGUUCCCAGGGACAGCCACCACCUGCCGUUGUCGCUCAGCCCCAGGCUUUACUGACCACACAAACUGCUCAGCUGCUGCUCCCGGUGUCCAUCCAGGGCUCGAAUGUCACCUCAGUACAACUCCCAGUAGGCAGCCUCAAACUCCAGACUCCACCACAAGCAGGAAUCCAGACUCAGCCUCAGAUAGCAACUGCUGCACAAAUACCCGCUGCUGCCUUGUCCUCAGGCUUGGCCCCGGCCGUACCUCAGAAACAAGACACCUUCACCCAGCACGUUCUCAGCCAGCCUCCGCAAGUCAGAAAGGUUUUCACAAACUCGGCGUCAUCAAAUACGGUUAUUCCAUAUCAGAGACAAGCUGCUCCCGCGGUCCAGCAGCCCUUUAUUAACAAGACCUCCAACGGUGUCCUUCAACCCAGAAAUGCUCCACUUCCAUCCCUGCAAAACGGACCUAACGCGCCCAGCAAGCCUAGCUCGCCCCCUCCACCUCAACAAUUUGUCGUCCAGCACUCUCUGUUUGGCAGCCCAGUCACCAAGACGAAAGACCCUCCCCGCUACGAGGAGGCCAUCAAGCAGACGCGCAGUGCACAGGCCCCCCUUCCAGAGAUUUCCAGUGCACACAGUCAGCAGAUGGACGACCUCUUUGACAUCCUCAUUAAGAGUGGAGAGAUAUCCCUCCCUAUAAAAGAAGAGCCUUCUCCCAUUUCCAAAAUGAGACCAGUGACAGCCAGCAUCACCACAAUGCCAGUCAAUACAGUGGUGUCCCGGCCACCACCCCAAGUCCAAAUGGCACCACCUAUAUCCUUAGAACCUAUGAGCAGCUUAUCUGCCAGCUUAGAGAACCAACUAGAAGCUUUCCUGGAUGGCACUUUACCUUCGGCCAAUGAGAUUGCUCCACUACCAAGCAGCAGUGAAGACAGAGAGCCCUUCUCGCUGAUUGAGGAUCUCCAGAAUGAUCUGCUGAGUCACUCGAGCGUGCUGGACCACUCGCACUCCCCCAUGGAGACUUCCGAGACCCAGUUUGCUGCGGGUACGCCCUGUCUGUCUCUGGACCUUUCAGACUCAAACCUGGACAACAUGGAGUGGUUAGACAUCACCAUGCCCAACACGUCUUCAGGACUCACUCCUCUCAGCGCCACCGCGCCAAGUAUGUUCUCCGCUGACUUUCUAGACCCACAAGACCUACCUUUGCCAUGGGACUAAUGUCAGAGAUUUCUUGUCUCAGAGUUCACGAGGUAUAAGAACAUGAAGAAGAUUCUAAAAGGUCAGUCUUUAGAGCUAGAUCCAUAGUUGCAUCGUUGCAAUUAAAGUAUGUUGUCACAGAAAGAAUGGAUAGAAGGUCAUAGCCUGGAACCCAAGUUCGGAAACAUUUCGUCGCAUUCAGCAAUGAAAUUCUACAGUGAAUUUCUGCAAUCGAAUUUAGCACAGGGCCUUCUGAAAAACACACUAGACAAAGAAGACUCACCUGUUUCUCCAGACUUCAGUAAAGAAUGAAAAGUACCUUUAGAUAAAAACAAAGAAAAGUAAUGUGUGCAGGAAAAUGACACUAGCAUUCUCUGGUAAUCAACACAUUUAAACCUUUGUGGUCACUUUAAGACCCUAAAUAGAAGGCAGACAGCUCCACUCAAAAAUAAGGCUGAUGAGAGGGAGGUGAGAGGUCACUGCACUUAGUACUUCCUAGAGAUGGCCUCAGCCAGGCCACGACACAGCAGGGGUCAGGGGCAUGGGACAGCGCUGGCCGGUUUGGUGACAGCUUCCAGCUGGGGACUUUUGGUUCCAUUCAGAAACCUAUGUAAUUUUUCUGUGUUGCAGUUUAUUUUGUGAUUUUUGGAAUCUUAACUUUAUAUCUCCAAAUUUAAAUUUAAAUGGAAAAUCUUGCACCAUAACCAGAAGAUGUCUACAAAAUACUGUCAUAAACAAUCCACUGUAAAAAGUCCAGGUGUAUUGAUAACACUGAAAAUUUGCAACCCUCUGGGUUGAUUAGAUUGAUUUUAAUGUAUAUAUUAAGCACUUGUAUGUACACUCUGACAUAGUGAUUUGUACAGCCUGCGUUGGGGUAAGGAAAUGGGUAUCCAAUGGUCCUACUUUUUUUAAUGACGCGAAUAUUUCUAGAA